AUGACUGUCACUAAGUGGCUGAGGGUGAUAGCUGUGCCAAACCACAUUCAUUGGACACUUAUCCCUCUUCAAUUUUGUUUUCCUCUCCACCAAGACCGUCGCACCAGCUCCCUGCCUCUACUGGCCCUCCCUGGAGUGACAUCGAGCAGUGAGGACCAUCCAGAUAACCAGCUUACAAAUGAAAAACACACAGAUGAAAAGCCUAUGAAAGGUAUUGUUAUGAGUUCUGUCGCAGAAUUCAGCAUCACAGACUCUUCAUCAAAGGGCACCAAAAAUGAGAAGAAAUUGUCAGAUGCAAGCAGAUCAUCCAUUGCUUCCCUGGAGAAAUGCAGAGAAUUCACUUACAUUGAAGAUGAUGCAUCAGUACAUCAGAGAGACAGCGACGAUGAAUGCGCAACACUUAUCCUGGCCUGCUUGUUCUGCCAGUUUUGGGACUUUCUUAUAAUGCUGCCUGAUACCUGUGAACAUUGGCUGACAGAUACCUGUUGUCCAUCCAAUAGAUAUUACCAGACCUCUGACGAAGACCACGGCAGCAACGAUUGCAACUGUGACUGUGACAUUGAUUGCAGCCUCUUUGAGUCCUGCCACGAGACUGGGGAGUGCCUGGAGCUGGCCAUGGAGAUCUCAGAAGUCUGCUAUCGCUGA